CCUAGAAUGGAGCUAAUUCCAAAACUUGUGGCUGGACUUAUUCUAUUGACCUUCUGCGUGGAGGGCUGCUCCAGCCAACAUUGGUCCUACGGACUGCGCCCUGGGGGCAAGAGGAGCCCUGAACAUUUGAUCGAUUCUUUCCAAGAGACAGCCAAUGAGGUUGAUCGACUAGCAGAACGUCCACGCUUGGAAUGCACCAUCCACCAGCCUCGCUCACCACUCCGUGACCUGAGAGGAGCCUUGGAAAGUCUGAUUGAAGAGGAAGCUGGGCAGAAGAAGAGUUAA